UUAGGCAUAGUUCCGACAGUUGCAGCCGUAUCCCUUACUAGUCUUGCUGCUCCCCGGCUUACUGCUACGUCCCCACUCAAGUCGCAGAAUGUCAACACUAUCGGUCCUCCCACUACUGGCCCACCUGCAUGCCUUGCUCCUAGCCAUGUUAGCAUGGCAAAUGGACAUUUGAGUGCUCCAUCACUAAGACUUGCUCCUGGACAACAAUCUCAGCAUCAACAACAGCCACUAACGGGGACUGCAACGACAAUUGCUUUGGCACCUGUCCCAGUUAAUGGGCAACAGCUGACCUCAAUUCACGUGGCGGCAACGGAGGCUGAUACAACUCCAACCACUUCAGCCGUAGCACAGCAACAACUACAUUUGGCAGCUGGUUAG